AUGUCGAAGCUCAUUUGGAUAUUGCUUCUGGUUCUUUUAUUAGCUCUUGAUCCUUCUUCUGAAGAAACCCUUAACUCAGGUCAUAACAAUAAAGCUCUUCCUGACUCAAACAAGCCAUCUAUCGAUUUUUUCCUUAUUGAUUGAAUGGUAAGAUUCGCUCUCUUUACCGAAAACUGAAUUCUAUGACUUAUAGAAUGUAUCAGAAGCCACGAGCCAUAUAACAUAGUAUCAUUUUACAUCAUAUUUCUAUGGAUUUUCUGGAAACUCUUCCGCACUCCGAAAUCAGUGUCAUAUAUAACUCACUCAAGCAAAGUCAUAGACAAAAAAACACAAGAAGCUGUAAUAAAAUUCCUGGACGACUGAAAUAAAGCUAUAGAAAAAGAAUUGUCAGCUAUCAAGGCUUCUAUCAAGCCAAAUAAUUUAUCUUCAUUGAAUAUAGAAAGCUCGAUUAAUUUGGUACCCGAAAUCAACAAAGUUUUGCAAGAGCUAAAAGAAAUAGAAAAUACACAUAAAGAAUUUGAAGAAGAAAUAAAUGCUUCUCAUAAAGAAAUGCUAGAAGAAAUCCAUUAUUUGACAUUAGAGACCUUAAAACCUCCAGAACCAGAGUCAGCCAGUCUUGAUUCUUAUUGGCCUGAAGACGAAGAACCUGAAGAUAGAGAAAUAUAA